GCCCCACGGUCACACUGCCACAAUAAAACAAGCCAACGAAAUAAAGCACGCAGUUAAAUACGUUUAUUUUGGAUAUCCCUAAGAAUUAGUUAAAUUAAAAUGACCACAGCAGCACGACCGACAUUCGACCCCGCCCGCGGAGGCUCUGGUCGCGGUGAAAAGGAUUUGAGUGCUUUGAGCAAACAGUACUCCAGUCGCGACUUGCCAGGCCACACCAAACUGAAAUACAGGGAGGCGGGCCAGGGCACCAGCGAGGAGAUCCGCAACCGUGACUUCCGCAAGGAGCUGGAGGAGCGCGAGCGCGAGGCUCGUUCCGGAGCAACCUCGGGCAAGGCGCUGCCCUCCAUUGUGCGCAAGGCCAUCGAGGCGAACAACGCUGGCGGCGGUGGCAGUGGCGGCAAGCGGGCCAAACCAGACAUUGUCCACCAGCAACAGUUGCAGCAGCAGCAGCAGGCCGCCAAUUUGGACGCCGACGAACCGCUGGACAACGACAGUUCCGAUUCGGACAGCGAUUCGGAUGACGAUGAUGCCGCAUUGCUCGCCGAGCUGCAGAAGAUCAAGCAGGAGCGCCUGCAGGAGACCGCUCGCCGCGAGUCGGAGAAGAAGCAGGAGGACGAGCGCAUCCGCAUGGAGAACAUCCUCUCUGGCAAUCCGCUGAUCAACUACGAACCCGGAACCGCCGCUUCGGCCGCGGGACGCGCCUCCGGUCUCGGCGGUGACCUGAAGAUCAAGCGCCGCUGGGACGACGAUGUGGUGUUCAAGAACUGUGCCCGUUCCGCUCCCGAAAAGAAGACGCACUUCGUCAACGAUGCCCUGCGUUCCGAUUUCCACAAGAAGUUCAUGGACAAGUAUAUUAAGUAGGCGCCUAGGAUUCGCUUUAAGUUCCAAUCGCUUUUUGUAAUAGUGUAAGUAAACCAAUUGUAAACUCUUUUUUUUCGGCCUUCCGCCCGAGCUCAUUAAAUAUCAAAUUUUGUAAGCAAA